AUGACCGUGUUGGGGAAAUUCGUCGCGUCAACGACAUUACGACAACUAGUAAAAGAUGGAGUGAUAAAUAAACAAGGAGUCCGUCUUCUCGAUUGUUCAUUUGUGCCCGGAGUAAAGCCUGAUUGGAAGAGAUUCAAGGAGCAACUAUAUGGGAAAUUCGAGCAACUUUCGGGCUUCAAAAGCAUUGGACGCGCUCUUUACCUUGCCGAGCACAUUCCCGAAUCGGUGCAUGCGGAUCUUGAACAAGCGAUGUAUCCCGGGAAAUUUGAACGUUUUUCCCAUUAUCCACCAGAAAUCUUUCAGGAAUACGCUCGUCGGCUCGGUAUUCGCGAUGGUGAACACUUGAUUUUUUAUGGACGAGGCGCCUAUGGUGGAAUGCUAUGGCCAGCUCGAUUUGCUUGGCUGUUUAAGUCGUAUGGUCACGAAAAGGUAUCAGUGCUGGAUGGUGGUCUCAACGAUUGGGUGCAAAGGGGGUACGAGAUUACUACUGAAGUUCCGAAAAUGGAGAUCGGAAACUGGACGGCUCGGGAUAAUCUCAAGGAAACGUUGAUCACUUUUGAAGAACUCGAGUCUGUUGAUGGGAAAUAUGAGCCGAAACCUGAGGUGAACGUCGAUCCAUCAGAUCCCGAGCACGAACAAAAAGAGAAAGAGCUGAAAUGGAGCAAUGAGAUGAAGGAAUGGGAGGCGAAGACAAAGGGGAAAAUGCUCAUCGAUCAGACAUCCAAGAUCAACUUUUUGGACACUCGGCCACGUGCUCAAUUCGAGGGAUUGCAAGACUCGGGAUUGAGCCCAAUGUGUUGUGAGGCCGUUCACAUUCCCGGAUUUACCAAUACGCCUGUUGGUGAAAUUGUGCGUGAUGAUGGAACGAUCAAAGAUCCUGAGCAGAUCAAGAAUUAUUUGAAUGAAAGCGGUUUCUCUGCCGAUAAAACGACGAUCACUCAAUGUAUGACAGGCAUACAGGCAUCGUUGAUGGCUUAUGGAAUCGAAUACGCGUUGCCCAAUGUCAAACCUCGGGUUUAUAAUGGAAGUCUGAAAGAAAUGGAGCAACGUGAUCCAAAACGAAUUUCGGGUGGAAAUCGGCAUAUCCCA